CAAUUCAAAAAAAACCAGUACAGGGCAGUUAUUCCGAACGACAAGAAUUCCCAAAAAUUUCUUGAUAUAAAUACCAAGAGUGGGAGAUCGAAAGACAACAGUUUUACGAUUCCAAUUGAAAGAACAAUGAUAAAAUUUCUGAUCCUUACUCUCUUCGUUGCCUAUGCUGCGGCUGGCGACAGCGAUGUCCAUGCCGAAGUUAAGGAACUUAAAUCCGAUGUCCGUGCCGAUGGCUUUGACUAUGCUCUGGAAACCUCGAAUAGCAUUCAUCAACAGGCAUCCGGUGAUGAACAUGGAAAUAUGCAUGGCUCCUAUGAAUAUGUCUCACCCGAGGGUGAACACGUCCUGGUCUCCUAUACGGCCGAUGAAAAUGGUUAUCAUCCCGUCAGUGAAUAUUUGCCAACACCACCACCAAUCCCAGACUACAUCUUGAAGGCCAUCGAAUACAUUAAGGCUCAUCCAUCAAAGGAAUAAGAGGAGUUUUUAAUGGACAACUGAAUGGACUUCUGGGAACACUGAUCUGGAGGAUUAUGCAAUUUAUGAGGCGAGACAUAUUUAAUUCGAAUAUAGAGAUUAUUUUGCAGACAAACAAAGAAACAAGAAAUCUUUUUUAAAUUAAUAAAUAAUUAAUGCAUUUUGAAAAAAAAAAAAUCAAAACAAAAGAGAA